GCUGGGACAUACAUUGUACCCUGAGGCUGGAGCCUCUUAUGUUCUGGGAGGAUGGGAACCUGCCCUUCAGGAGGGGUCUCCACCAGGAGAAAGCUCAGGCCUGGUGCCACAUUAACCUGGUUGGGUCUCAGUUGGCCACCUGUGAGAUGGGAGCACUUUCAAGGAAGGAGGAUGGAGGCAGAUGGUCGGAUUCAUCUUUCUAGAGGGGAACGGAGGAGUCAGAGGUGGACCCCCUCCCUGGCCCAAGGGGCAGCCCUAGAACCUGGACAGGGACUGGCGUUUGUGAGGGGUGGUCUUUGAGACCAACCUGAAACCACAUCCCUCCCCCUUAUCCCAUUUUCCUUCUCUACUUCCUGUUUGGCUGAUCCUGCUGUCCUCAGUGGCUGACUACCUGCAUACUUCCCAGCAAAUGUACGUGGUCUCUGCAUGCGCUGAAAAUGAAUUUAGGGCUGGCCUGAUGCUUGCAGUCCCUGCCCUCCAUAGGCAGAAGCUGGAGCCUCCCACAAGUUCAAGGCCAGCCUGUGUCACAUAGUGAGCCACUGUUUCGCCUCUUGAUACAUUUUAAUAAAGCUGCCUCUCUCCUCCUCACUCUGCCCCUCUGGUCCCAGUCUCUGGUUAAAGACAAUCAGGUCAAAGCUGGUGUGGCCAGUUGCCUCAGUUUCCGUGUCUGGAAGAUAGUGCUAGCCAUCGGACAGAAUACGGAGGCUAAGAACACUGAGUGGCCUGUGCAGCCAUGACAGGCUGAACCAGGAUCUGAACAGAGGCAGAGGCUCUGCAGAUGCGGAUGUCGAGGCCCAGAGAAGGGGAGCAACUCGCCUAGGGACACCCAGUGGGAGAGGUGGAGCAGGGUCUCUAGGCUAAGACCCCGGACGCCACAGCUGGUGUUUUUGCCCAGUCCCCAGGCUGCUCCCCAGAUCCACUGGGGUAGCCCUGCUGCCCACCAGCCAGGAUCAUGGGCAGCAACAAGAGCAAGCCCAAAGAUGCCAGCCAGAGGCGCCGCAGCCUGGAGCCCGCCGAGAACGUGCACGGGGCCGGGGGAGCCUUCCCGGCUUCGCAGACACCUAGCAAGCCCGCCUCCGCCGACGGCCACCGAGGGCCCAGCGCCGCCUUCGUGGCCACCACGGCCGCUGAGUCCAAGCUCUUCGGAGGCUUCAACUCUUCGGACACGGUCACCUCCCCGCAGAGGGCCGGGCCUCUGGCAGGUGGGGUGACCACCUUUGUGGCCCUCUAUGACUAUGAGUCAAGGACAGAGACUGACCUGUCCUUCAAGAAAGGAGAGCGGCUACAGAUUGUCAACAACACAGAGGGAGACUGGUGGCUGGCACACUCGCUGAGCACGGGACAGACCGGUUACAUCCCUAGCAACUAUGUGGCACCCUCCGACUCCAUCCAGGCUGAGGAGUGGUACUUUGGCAAGAUCACUAGACGGGAGUCAGAGCGGCUACUGCUCAAUGCUGAGAACCCAAGAGGGACCUUCCUUGUGAGGGAGAGUGAGACAACGAAAGGUAAGGGACACAUCAGCAGGGUGCCACAGACGUCUCCUUCCUGCCUGCCCACAGGUGCCUACUGCCUUUCUGUAUCCGACUUCGACAAUGCCAAGGGCCUCAAUGUGAAACACUAUAAGAUCCGAAAACUGGACAGCGGUGGCUUCUACAUCACCUCCCGCACCCAGUUCAACAGCCUGCAGCAGCUAGUGGCUUACUACUCCAAGCAUGCUGAUGGCCUGUGCCACCGCCUCACUACCGUGUGCCCCACGUCCAAGCCUCAGACCCAGGGCCUGGCCAAGGAUGCCUGGGAGAUCCCCCGGGAGUCCUUGCGUCUGGAGGUCAAGUUGGGCCAAGGCUGCUUCGGAGAGGUGUGGAUGGGGACCUGGAAUGGCACCACGAGGGUUGCCAUCAAAACCCUGAAGCCGGGCACCAUGUCUCCAGAGGCCUUCCUGCAGGAGGCCCAAGUCAUGAAGAAACUGAGGCAUGAGAAACUGGUGCAGCUGUAUGCGGUGGUGUCGGAGGAACCCAUUUACAUCGUGACAGAGUACAUGAGCAAGGGUAGUCUGCUGGACUUUCUCAAGGGGGAAACCGGCAAAUACCUGCGGCUACCGCAGCUGGUGGACAUGGCUGCUCAGAUCGCCUCUGGUAUGGCCUAUGUGGAACGGAUGAACUAUGUGCACAGGGACCUCCGAGCUGCCAAUAUCCUGGUUGGGGAGAAUCUGGUGUGUAAGGUGGCUGACUUUGGUCUGGCCCGGCUCAUAGAAGACAACGAAUACACAGCCCGGCAAGGUGCCAAAUUCCCCAUCAAGUGGACUGCUCCCGAAGCUGCUCUGUACGGCAGGUUCACUAUCAAGUCAGAUGUGUGGUCCUUUGGGAUCCUGCUGACCGAGCUCACCACGAAGGGACGGGUGCCCUAUCCUGGGAUGGUGAACCGUGAGGUGCUGGACCAGGUGGAGCGGGGCUACCGGAUGCCUUGCCCCCCGGAGUGCCCUGAGUCCCUGCAUGACCUCAUGUGCCAGUGCUGGCGGAAGGAGCCUGAGGAGCGGCCCACCUUCGAGUACCUGCAGGCCUUCCUGGAGGACUACUUCACAUCCACCGAGCCGCAGUACCAGCCUGGGGAGAACCUAUAGGAACUGUGUGCACAGGUCGCCCUCAGCUUCUGGGUGUGGCCUCUGGUGCACCUGCCUCCCUUCACCCUGUCUCUGGGGCUGAGUUGCCUCAGUGAUGCCCUUCUGGAGCAUGGAAGGGCUUCAGGGACUGGGGCAGCCUGGAAGGACAGGUUGAGGCUGGUAGAGUGACUGCCCCGUAGCCUGCCCUGGCCACAGGCCCACUCUGCAUUCUCUCUGGCGUCAACCUACUUCUCACAGGAGACACUGGGUGAAGAGCAGUGCUGGGGGUGGUUUUCCAACCUCAACCCACCCCACUCACCUGGUCCCUCCCCCUUUCUUCACCCUGGGUUUGUUUCAAGUUGGCCAAAGAGCCUUUCCAAAGAAGAAUGAGGCCCAGCCCUUGGCCUGCGUACACUUCCUGCCCCUGGCCAUCCUUGUUGGAGGCUUCUGGGUAGAACACAGGGUCUGGAACCAUCUUCUGUGGCUCUCAGGCUAGACAGCCCAAGGCCUAACAUUCGGUGGGAUAAGAGUCAGAGUGAGCACUCCUUCAACCCUAUCCUCCACAUGGGACCCUUGGCAAUCACUAACACAUUGCCCUCAUGUCUCUGUUGGAAAAACUGAUUCCAGGAGGGGCUGUGACUUGCCCAAGACCACGGGCAGUUCAGGGUUGAGGUGGGUUAGCACCUGGUGCUCCCUCUGUCUUCCUCAGGAACUAAUGAAAACUGUCCUUAAAGGCAAUGGACAGGCUGGGGCCGGAGAAUGGGUUAAAGGUGGCAGAAUUCUGAUGCCACUGAUGCUCAUGGGUGAGCCAGGAACGAAGGGCAGAAAGUGACGGUGUGGACCAGGCUCAGUGACAAUGUGGGUGGGCUUUGACCUUAAGAGCCAGCCAUGAAAUGGAGUGAGCUCCCAUACUGCAGAGGCAGUCGAGUACACGUGGAAGAACUAAGGAGCCGGAGCCCUAGUUCUCCUCGUUUGGUCCCAAUCAUUUCAACACCUGCCUCCUGCUCUCCGCCCUCAGCUCGUGGGGGAGUUCCUUGGCCAGGGAAAGGAGGGCAAGAAUCCUCACUGCUGUGUUCCAGCACUGGCCCUGCCCUCUCUCUGAGCUACAGUCUCUGCCCCCUGUGGCUGUGGCCCCUGCCAUUGCUCAGCCCCUGUAUAGAUCACAGCUGGGCCCCGGGACAGUAGUCAACUGACUGCUUGGUCCCUGACUCUUCCGCCCAGCCUUGGGGUAUGUGGUGGCUUCUCUCUGCCUCAGUGUCCCCAUCUAUAAGGUGGGUAGUUGAUGAUUUGUGGCAUCUCAACUGAGGGCCCCUGUGUGUAUGUGUGUGUAUACAUGUGCCUGUGUGUCUUCCUUUGUGUCCAUAUUUAACAUGUAAAAACACCCUCACUCUCUCCCAGAUAUGACCAUUUCACCCACUGCCCCAUCACAGCAAUAAUGUCCCCACUGCCGGGGCUUUGAGCCAGCCAGGCCCUGCUUGUAGGGAAGGAGGCCAAGCUUGGCCUGCCCUGACAUUUCCACUUUCCUCUCAUUGUCUCUCGCCCAAGUUUUCCCAUCCACCUGGCAAGUCUGAGCUUGCCACCCCGUUCUCCCCACCCAACUACUCAAGGACCUUUGUAUAUGGUGGCCUCAAUUGUCCUGUUCUCUCUCUCUCUCUCUCUCUCUCUCUCUCUCUCUCUCUCUCUCUUCUCUCUCUCUCUUUCACAGUGUUUUGUAGAUUUCAGAUGACUAUGCAGAGGCCUUGGGGACCCUCCAGCUCUGGGCAGGGCCUGGGGAUCCCACAUUCCAUGGCCCAGGCUCGGGAGGAGGGGGACCCAGAACUGGUUGUACAUACUUUGCAUACUGUCUGAUUAAACACAAACAGACCUCA